AUGUCGCAAACCAUUGCCUCGGUUCUCGACGCUCAGAGUGCUCUCCUCGAAGCCGCCUCCGAGGCCCUGCCUCACCAAUUCUCGCAAUGCACUUACCCACUCGGGCCUAUCCGCCAGGCAGUCUAUCUCUGCUUAACCUGCAAGGAACCCCGCGGGAUCUGCUCCGCCUGCUCGAUAGCCUGCCACAGUGAACACGAGCAGCUCGAGCUGUUUCCAAAGCGCCACUUCCGCUGCGACUGCCCGACCCAGGCGCUCCUGCAUCCCUGUACACUGCACAAGGCGCUCGAGGAGCGGAAUACGGAGAACCUUUAUGGCCAGAACUUUCAAGGGGUAUUUUGCCGCUGUGGGAGGCCGUACGAUGCAUACAAGGAGCGCGAGACGAUGAUCCAGUGUCUUGCCUGUGAGGACUGGUUCCACGAGUCGUGUCUGAACCUACGAGAGCGACCUCUUUCACGUGAGCCAAGUCCACAAGUUGCUGAAAACGAGGCACGCGAGGGAGAUGACGCGGUCUCUGAGGCGUCGACAUCCGGUCUUCCUCCGCCGCUCGUCAGUGCGGAUGACUACGACAGCCUGGUCUGCAGUGCUUGCGUACGCGAGAUUCCGAUACUUAGGCGGUACGCUGGCACGCCUGGCGUGUUAAUGGUAAUACGGGACAACCCAGAGGGACCAUGGAAAGUUAUAGGCCGACAAGAUUCUCAAGAUGAGACGGUAAAUAUCCAAGAAAGAGAGAGCGAGGUUGGGGAGAAGAGGACGCAUUCCGCUGACCCUGCUAGUGUCCCUGAGGCGAAACGAGCGCGUGUCUCUCCCGAGCCGGAAACGAAGGGAGCCGCCUCUUCACCGUGCCUGGCGCCGCCUCCGAAUCCAGUUGCUCAGGAUAUCAUCAGCCGUCUACUGUCUGAAUCAGAUACGGCUGCUUCUGACGAUUCGCUUGGAAAAGGCGACAUCUUUCUCACGGAAGGCUUUCGGGAGCGUUGGUGCAAGUGCCCGGCAUGCUUGCCUUCACUCGAAAACCACUCUUACCUUCUUGCGGAAGAGGAGACUUACGAACCGCCGGAAGACCCAGACUCGAAACUGACACUGGAGGAGCUCGGCCUGCGUGCGCUGCAGCGCCUCCCGCGUGACAGGGCGAUAGAGGGGAUCCGCGCGUUCAACACUAUGCGAGAUGAGCUGAUGAAUCACCUUCGUCCGUUUGCGGAGGAGGACAGAGAAGUGACUGAGGAGGAUAUAAGAGCGUUCUUUGAGCGGCGGUUGCAGGCGAACCCGGCAGAAUGA